AUGGCACCAAAAAGAAGAGUCAGCGCACCUGCGGGUCGUGUUUACAAGUCUAGUACCCCUCUGCUUCAGACCAAACUGCCAGUUCCCAAGAAAAGGAUCACAUAUGGGAAACAAGCGGGACCUCGGGUCCCAAAAGUCGAUAAUACCCUGACCCAGAUGGAUUUUGUGUUUAUGGACCGUCUGGACAAUGACGAAAACGAGGAUGAGCGGGACGAGGAAACUGGAUUUGACGCGACAGAAGAACAGGAUAUGGUUGAGAAGGCAUCGAGGAAGCGGAGUCGGAAGAGAAGGAAGACUACUGGUGAUGGGCCUUCCGCGACUCCUCAGUAUCAUACGCAGACUAUCACUCAGCUUGACUGGAGCUUUAGCUCAGCAUAUGAUGAAGAGGAGGACGUUACAGCCGAGGAACCUUCGAAGGGCGAAAAUGCGAAGGGACUGCCUACAGAACAACAGGAGGAGGAGCCAGAGCGUGAUAUCUUUAAUAGACCAACUUCAUCUCAAUCUAAACCUUUGAGGAAAUCGAAGCGUGUUACAGAAUCAAAGAACAAAUCGCCCACGAAACCACAGUUGGAACCCAAAGCAAACCCUUCAUAUUCUAUGCCUCCGCCUCAGACUCCCCGGCGCCGAUUGCCACGCGAAAUUCCUUCCUCUCAGUCUCCGGCCACACCUAUUUCGGGAACUCGGACACCUCUGAGAGAGCAUCCUAUAAACAGUACACCCAUACCUUUCUCUACUGGUAGGACCUUGCAUUCGAGUCCUCUGAAGCGUCCACCGCUUGUGGUACAAGACACGUUCGAGACUACCACAGAUACCAGUACGCAGAUACGUUCAACUCCUUCCAAGCGCUCUAGUCCCGCGAAAAGUGUUAGAUUUUAUAUACCUGAAGAACAAUCAAAUGGAUCUGGGGUAGAGGAAAAUCUAAAUACGGCAGAUGCAGGCGAUGAUCAUCAUCCACUGUCUCCAUCUUACGAGAAAGGAUCUGAUAUAUUCCAGCAGUCGAAUACACCGGGGCCCCAGCCAUUUGCAGAAAUACAAGAUUCCGACGCAGAAGAAUAUGAAGAGCAGGACGACGAGUCUCAAGUAGAAGACUUGGCCGCAUCGUCUCCGACACACGACUUGGAACCAGUUAAUGACCAGGUUCACAUUGAACAAACAGCUGUUGUUUCAGCGGAGGAGGCAUUGGUGGAUGGAGAGUCAUCGGCGGACCGCGACAGUGGUUCAACAUUAGUUACAGAUUCUGUGAUACCAAAUACGGGCACUGACGAUGGUGGUGCGGAAACGUGCUACGGCGAAAUUGGCCUAGAAACACAAUUUGGAUUUGACCAACUUCAUACCUCCAGCGUCGACAAAAACAUUCCAAGUGGUCACGACGUACUUACCGAGGAAGCCGAUCAACCUUCAAGUCAAUCUUCAAUGAUCCGGACUCAAAUGGAAAGUCAACGUCUCUCCACUCAACAAGUGUAUGCAAUGAAACCUAGAACAAUAGACUCGGAUAUCUUUAUCUCUGUAGCACACACACAAGUUUUAGAAUUCUUGGAUAGAAGCAGAGACCAUCUUACCAGGGCUUGGGAAAUUCCACCAAGGACGUCGAGAAUAUGGAUGUACGAACCUAAGCCAGCGUCGAUCCUCCGAUAUAUGGCAGAGAUCGGUCCCAUUAAACGGCCAGGCCAUCUUACCAAUGAGGAUGGGAAAGGAAAUGCAGACUUCAACAAAAAGAAGGCCAGCAGCAAGUGGACGGCUUGUGAGAUCAUCGAAAUCUAUGAGCUUGCCGAUCCACUCUCUUUAUCCAGGCUCCAAGCCAGCGAAUGGCUGAUGCAAGGCCCCAGGAAGUUCGAUAGGGUUCCGCCAGCUGUGCUUGACCAGUUGAUGGCCAACUUAAUGGCGCCUAUUUUUGCCACGGCAGAGGAUGAAAUUCUUCCUUCCUCUAGAACUGACACCCAAGAGGUAGAAGCCCAACUUAUGAGUACAACCCAGCAAUACCACGGAUCGAGCGCCCAGAACUCAUCGACAUCUGUUCCGCUUUCAUCUAUGCCGUCCAGUCCACCUCUCAAGUACCAGGUCAAAACGGUAGUUGGCCACGUUGACAGGUCCUCUCGUGAUAUUUCUACGGCCUCGGAGCACAGCACUGAAAGUCAUCGUUCUAACAUUUCUGCUCUUGAAAUUGUGACCGAAAGCUUGGAAGAUGAAGAAAGGAUACCAUCUAGCCAGCAUUCAACCCCUAGAAAAGGCACACAGAUUCGUCCUUCUCAGGCAACAACUGUCGAUCUUACCCAGACACAAGAUCUAACUCCUCGCCAGCAAUCACCCAACGAAGUUGUCUUUGAAUCGCCAGUGCGGGUUGCUCGCUCGAGCUCGCCACUCAGACUUCCAACACCUAGGAAAUCUCAUAAUCGUGAGCAAGAAGCACCAGAGUCGCUCGUGCCUUUCUCUAUGGCAUCAUCACAGCUUUUGAAUAGGAUGGAAGCGUUGCCGGAUAGCUUAUUGGCGGAUAGUGUGUUCGUCGAGCCACCGUUUGUUGUAGAUUCUGAUGACGACUUGGAUGAUUAA